CCAAGCUGAGCCUUGUUACUUCAAACAAAAGGCAGCCAAUUACUAACUUCUGGUUGCUAGGUGUGGCCUCUGUUCAAAUCCUAUAAAAUCAGGAGUCCAAGGCUGCAGUCUAGACUAAACCUUCAGAGAAAAGCCUCUCUGCUUCUUUGGAAGAAGGUUAAAAAAGACACUUCUUUAAAAAUGGCAAUGGUAUCAGAAUUCCUCAAGCAGGCCUGGUUUAUUGAUAAUGAAGAGCAAGGAUAUGUUCAAACUGUGAAAUCAUCCAAAGGUGGUCCUGGGUCAGCCGUAUACCCUUAUCCCAGCUUCAAUCCAUCCUCAGAUGUUGAUGCCUUACACAAAGCCAUAAUGGCUAAAGGUGUGGAUGAAGCAACAAUCAUUGACAUUCUAACUAAGAGGAACAAUGCUCAGCGCCAGCAGAUCAAGGCCAUGUAUCUCCAGGAGAAGGGAAAGCCCCUAGAUGAAAUUCUGAAGAAAGCCCUUACAGGUCACCUUGAAGAAGUCGUCCUGGCUUUGCUGAAAACUCCAGCCCAGUUUGAUGCAGAUGAACUGCGUGCUGCCAUGAAGGGACUCGGAACUGAUGAAGACACUCUCAUCGAAAUUCUGGCAUCUAGAACGAACAAAGAAAUCAGAGAAAUUAACAGAGUCUACAGAGAGGAACUGAAAAGAGAUCUGGCCAAAGACAUCACAUCAGACACAUCUGGAGACUUUCAGAAGGCUUUGCUUUCCCUUGCUAAGGGUGACCGAAGUGAGAAUUUGGGUAUAAAUGAAGACUUGGCUGAUACAGAUGCCAGGGCCUUAUAUGAAGCAGGAGAAAGGAGAAAGGGGACAGAUUUGAAUGUGUUCAAUACCAUUCUGACCACUAGAAGCUAUCCUCAUCUUCGCAGAGUGUUUCAGAAAUACACCAAGUAUAGUCAACAUGAUAUGAACAAAGUGCUGGACCUGGAGCUGAAAGGUGACAUUGAGAAAUGCCUCACAGCCAUUGUGAAGUGUGCCACAAGCAUGCCAUCUUUCUUUGCAGAGAAGCUUUAUCUGGCCAUGAAGGGUUCUGGAACUCGUCAUAAGGCAUUGAUCAGGAUUAUGGUCUCCCGUUCUGAAAUAGACAUGAAUGAUAUCAAAGUAUUCUACAAGAAGAUGUAUGGUAUCUCUCUUUGCCAAGCCAUUCUGGAUGAAACCAAGGGAGAUUAUGAAAAAAUCCUGGUGGCUCUUUGUGGAGGAGACUAAACAUUCCUUUGAUGUUCUCAAACAUAAUAACUAGAAGACUUCUUAUCAUAGCUGUUCAUUGUACAACAUAGGUUUAAGUAGGAAAGUUUCUUCAGCAGGAUUGCAGUCUAGCUAUUUGCUUUCUGAAAAAAUAAAGUUCAUAAGUAAUUUUUAUAUCAUAACUAUGUAAUAGAGAUAAGCCUGUUUUUUAAAAUAUGUUUACUACAAACCAUAAAACCCAAACAAGUUGUUCUGGUAACAAAACCAGAAAGAUGUUCAUAAAGACAAAAAUAAAAUGAUUUUACAAGACA